AGUUUGAUCGUUGAUCUGCCGCGAUGGAGAAAUGGAUUGGUAAAGUGGCCCUAGUUACUGGCGCUAGUGCGGGCAUCGGACAGGAUGUGGCCCUUGCUCUAGCCAACUCCGGUAUGAUCGUCGUGGGAAUAGCUCGGCGUGCCGAGCUGAUCACUGUGCUCUCCACUAAAGUCACCGGCACGGGUAAGAUCUACGGCAAAAAGUGUGACCUAAGCAAUGAGGCAGAAAUUAUAGAAACGCUAAACUGGAUACGCCGUGACUUUGGCGGUGUGGACGUACUGAUCAAUAACGCGGGCAUCUAUCGUUAUAAAUUUAUCACGCAGAGUGAAACAUCCGAUUUUCGGGACACGUUCAACGUGAACGUGUUGGCAACAUGUAUUAUCAUCCGCGAAGUCGUGAAUGACAUGAAGGCCCGCGAAGCGUACGGUCAUAUCGUUGUGCUGAACAGCAUGUUGGGACAGCGCAUCCCGGACGUGUCAGUGCCACUGUUUGGAGUGUAUCCUGCUUCCAAGUAUGCGCUGGUCGGACUGACGGAAGUUUUACGCCAAGAGCUGAGCUUCUUGAAGAUGCCCAUCAAAGUAACGAGUGUCCACCCGGGCAUGGUGGAAACAGAUAUGAUCAAGGUGUUUGAGUCAGCGUUAGCGGAACGGCUGCCAAAGCUGCAGGCCAAGGAUAUUACCGCCAGCAUCAUACACUGCCUCGAGACACCACCAGAAGUUCGCAUUGACGAAAUAACCGUAAUGCCAACGAUGAAAUGAACCGAGCCCCACCGCAUGCCCCUGUGCGUGUUUGCAUACACUGUGUGUAAUUAUGUACCAAUCAAACACAGUUCUCUUCAAUAAAAGAUGAUCACAAAAGGAUUGGAUGUACCGAGCACCAUUUGAACGAAGCCGACUUGAGGUUAAUUUGUUGUAAUUGAUUGUAAAUGGCUUUGUCGCAUGAAGGAAAUGCCCAUUGAUCUAGGAAAUUUAAUUAGUCG